CAAUCAAUGAGUCUCAUCGGCCUCCUCUAACCUCUGCCCUUCUGCCGCGAGGGCGCGCGGGAAAUCUUGUGUGCAACUGGAAUCCCGCGGGCCUCUAAGAUCAUGGCCACCUCCUCGGUGUCCAAGGGCUGCUUUGUGUUUAAGCCAAAUUUUAAGAAGAGAAAGAUCUCUGUGCCAGUAGAGGACUAUUUUAAUAAAGGGAAAAGUGUAUCUGAAGACAGUAAGCUCAGAUUUGAAAAUUACCAGUUGAUAUGGCAACAGAUGAAUUCUGAAACUAAGCAAAUGCAAGAAGAAUUAAAUAAAAAUCUGUUUGACAGUCUAAUUGAAUUUCUACAAAAGUCUCAUUCUGGAUUCCAGACGGAUUCAAGAGACUGGAGCUGCCAAAUAAAACUCAGAGAAAUUCCCACUGCUGCUCUUGUUCUAGGUGUCAAUGUAACAGAUCAUGAGUUAACUUUCCGAAGUCUAACAGAGACCCUUCAGAAAAACAUCACACCAUAUGUAAUUUCACUGCAAGCUAAAGAUUGUCCAGAUAUAAAGCAUUUUUUGCAAAAGCUGUUUUCACAGUUGGUAGACUGUUGUACAGAUGUGAAAUCCAAAGAGGAGUGUAUUCAGUUCACCCAGAAAAUGACAUACUGUUCAAUGGAUUUCCUUUCCAGAUGGUAUAUGAAUGUCACACAGAAGACAGACUCAAAAUUGCCAGGCAAUAAAAGGACUUCGUGUAGUCAGUGGCAAUCUCCUCCUGUUGUGCUUAUCUUGAAGGAUUUGGAAAGUUUCACCACAAAAAUUCUUCAAGACUUCAUAGUUAUCAGCAGUCAACAUCUGCAUGAAUUUCCACUAAUACUCAUUUUUGGAAUUGCCACAUCUCCUAUUAUCAUACACCGGUUGCUUCCUCAUGCUGUAUCAUCACUAUUAUGUAUAGAACUGUUCCAAUCUUUGUCUUGCAAGGAGCACCUGACUACAAUACUUGAUAAGCUACUUCUUACAACUCAGUUUCCCUUUAAACUAAGUGGAAAAGUAUUACAGGUUCUAACCAACAUCUUUUUGUAUCAUGAUUUCUCAAUUCACAAUUUUAUAAAAGGACUUCAGCUUUCUCUAUUAGAGCAUUUCUAUUCUCAGCCACUCAGUGUUCUGUGCUGUAAUCUCCCAGAAGCAAAGAGAAGAAUAAAUUUUUUAUCAGAUAAUCAAUGUGAAAACAUCCGACGUCUUCCAUCAUUUAGGAGGUACGUGGAAAAUCAAGCAUCUGAGAAGCAGGUUGCAUUGUUGACCGAUGAAAGACUUUUAAAGGAGGAAGCACAGUCAUUGCUUGAAAAUCUGCAUGUUUACCAUACAAAUUACUUCCUGGUUUUGAGAUGUCUUCAUAAGUUCACCUCUUCUCUUCCCAAGUAUCCAUUGGGUCGACAGAUCAGAGAACUGUACUGUACAUGUUUAGAAAAGAGCGUCUGGGAUUCAGAGGAGUAUGUAUCGGCUUUUCAGCUACUGAGGAUGUUGGCAAAGGAUGAGUUGAUGAUCAUACUUCAGAACUGUUUCAGUGUUUUCCAGUCCUCUUCUGGACACCAGCUUGGCAGCACAGCAAAGAGAAUAGAGGAGUUCCUGGCCCAGUUCCAGAGCCUUGAUGCAGAAGUCAAAGAGGAUGAAGAUGCUUCUGGGUCACAGCCAAAGGGACUUCAGAAGACAGACCUCUAUCAUCUUCAGAAGUCCUUGUUGGAAAUGAAGGAGUUAAGAAGAACAAGUAAGAAGCAAACCAAGUUUGAAAUACUCAGAGACAAAGUUGUGAACUUCAUUGACAGCCUGGUGAGAGAAUACCUUCUGCCUCCAGAGACACAGCCUCUACAUGAGGUGGUGUACUUCAGUGCUGCACACACACUCCGAGAGCACUUAAAUGCUGCUCCGCGAAUCGCUCUGCACACAGCCCUCAACAAUCCGUACUGUUAUCUCAAGAAUGAAGCUCUGAAGAAUGAAGAAGGUUGCAUUCCAAAUAUUGCACCAGACAUCUGCAUAGCAUAUAAACUGCACCUAGAGUGUAGCAGGCUAAUCAACCUUGUGGAUUGGUCAGAGGCCUUUGCAACAGUUGUGACAGCUGCUGAAAUGAAUGCAAAUUCUACAGUCUCAGAAGAAAUGAAUGAAAUUAUCCAUGCUCGGUUUAUUAGAGCUGUUUCUGAACUAGAGCUUUUAGGAUUUAUAAAACCUACCAAAAAGAAGACUGACCAUGUGGCAAGGCUGACAUGGGGAGGCUGCUAG